CAUUGACCCUUGGGUCAAGUCCAAGCUGAAGAGGCGAUUCGACGCUUCACCAAAAGACCCAUUGCGGUGUGAGAGGAAACAAGGAAUGGUGUUGAAGGCAAUCCAGAAGUGUUUUCAUGGAGACAUCAUGUGUUAGUUUGAAACACAGCUUCUCCGUUUGUGUUGUUGUCUCCUUUUUCCUGGUUGUUUCUUCUCUUCCCCUCGGUAUCCACCCGCUAGAUGAGAAGUAUUUCGCUGCGGAGGUUAUCAAGUGUAAGGAUGGGUCCAAAUCAUUUGACAGAGACCGCCUAAACGACAACUUCUGUGACUGCAUUGACGGCACCGAUGAGCCUGGGACUUCAGCUUGCCCAGCAGGCAAAUUUUACUGUAGGAAUGUAGGAAGUAUGCCUCAAUUCAUUUUUUCUUCUCGUGUCAAUGAUCGUUUUUGUGACUGCUGUGACGGAAGUGAUGAGUAUGAUGGUGGCAUCAUGUGUCCCAACACAUGCAUCAUGGGUGGUAAUGUCGAGUUCAAAUCUGAAAGUUAUAUUUCUACGAGUAAUCUGCCGUCUACUGAAGUGAAGCAAACGAUGAUUGGAAUUAAUUUGGAAGAUUUGAUUCAGACGCUUGCAGAUUUGAAGAUGAUAAUAAUAGCAGAGGUGGCUCUUGGUUGUUUUCUGGUGGUUCAAUUUUACAAGCGUGUCGGGUCUAAGAAAAGACGUUACCGAUGAAGGAACCAACCAUUGGUUCUCAAUUUUAUUUAUGGUAAUAUUCUAGAAUAUCCUUUUCUUUUCUUUACUUUUUAAUUUUCAUUUCCUUAUUACCUUGAUCCUUACCGGAGCAUGGUAGUGUAUUCUUUAGAAGGUUUCCUUGAAGGCAUAUUGAGGAGUAAAGGGGGUAUAUAUCUUUUUGUUUAUAAUAUAACUAUUGUAAUUGACCUAGGCUUACAGAAUUGAGAUUGGAUCAUUGACGAUGGUGUCUCAAUUGCAUACAUUUUUAUAGUGAUUAAAAGGUGUACACAGAAAGAGUAUACAACUUUGGUAGACGGCUGUUAUACCGGCAUCCUUGAUAUGUGAAUUGACUAUAUAUUUGGAUA